AUGGCGGAUGACCUGGACUAUCUCGCCCCUGAUUUCGACCUCAAUUCUCUGACAGUACCUCGUCUACGGUCCAUUCUAGUCAGCCAUGAUAUUCCAUACCCGGCCUCUGCGAAGAAGGCGCAGCUUGUACGAAUUCUGGAGGAUGAGGUUCUACCUCAGGCGAGGAGAUUACUACGGGAUCGCGAGCGAGUGAGGCGAACGAGUGAUGGGAUUACCGAUAUGGGAAGUCGCGCAACAUCAGUAGUUAGUGAUUUCAAUGAUCGACAAGAAGAUGAAAGCAGAGAUUCGAUGCCACCCCCACCAACCCCUUCGACGGUCUCAACGGUAACUGGGGGGAGGCGAGGACGAUCGAGGAUGAGUACCCGCGCCUCGACCGCCGAUAUUGAUGAUAGAACCGCUCCUGCCACACCGUCCACAAUUUCUAGACGGACAGCGCCGAGAUCAGAGUCGAAGCGCCUUCGUGCAUCUGAACAUCAAUAUCAUCAUGACACCCCUGCUACACCAAUCGCAGCAGACACCGCUACUCCCCGAAAAUCGACUACUAGAAAACUUCGGAGAAGCGAGAUGACGCCAUCGACUGAGCCAGAGCCCAUGGCACGGCUAAUCAAAGAAGAGCCCAAGGAAGAGAGCGUUUUCACCUAUGAUAACCCAUUCCAGAGCGGAAGUUCCCCUGCCCCGUGGUCCGAGAAAAAGCGAAAGAGUGGAUCGCUACUCCCAGCCGAGAGCCCUUCUUGGGAUCAGGGUCUGCGGGCUAGAAAGUCUGACGUGUUCAUUAAACAAGAAGACGAUGCUACUGUAUCCAGGCGAUCUUCCUUCCAAUUCCCUAUCUCGAAGUUGAAAUCACCCCAUAAGCAACUUGAAUCUGUGGCGGAUGAGGACGACGAGAGUGAGCUCAGUGCUGGCGAAGAAUUCACACCGGAGGAACAACUUGCAUUAGAAAGGGAGCAGGCGGACUUGUGGUACCCCCCUGCCCCAGACCGACAACAACAAGGCUCAACGAGUCGCGCAGCUCCUUGGAUUAUUAUUAUACUGCUGGUAGCUGGAUUUGGUGCUUGGUGGCGGAAAGAGAAGAUCGAGAUUGGAUUUUGCGGUAUUGGAAAGCCCACUUGGUCAUUGGCGGAGACUCGGAUUCCUGAGUGGGCAAACGUCUUGGAACCACAGUGUGAACCCUGUCCUGCCCAUGCGUUCUGCUACCCCGACUUUGAAGCACUCUGCGAGCAUGAUUUCAUCCUGAAGGCGCAUCCUUUGUCUCUGGGAGGCUUGGUUCCCCUGCCUCCGACUUGUGAGCCUGACAGUGAGAAAGCGCGGCGCGUCAAAGCUGUUGCUGAUAAAGCUGUGGAGGAGCUGCGUGACAGAAGAGCCAAAUGGGAAUGUGGGGAACUCGCAGAUGACGGCCAAGGAGUACAAGGGCCAGAGAUCAGUGAACCAGAUUUGAAGCAGGAGGUAGCAAGAAAACGUCGGAAAGGAAUGAGCGAUGCCGAGUUUGAUGAUCUAUGGAAGGGGGCGUUGGGUGAAAUCCUUGGCAGGGAAGAAGUUAUUAGCCAAACGAAGACACCAUCUUCUGUCGUCACCCUCACCUCAACAUCAGUCAGUCGGCUCUCCCUUACGUGCGCCUUCCGCCGCUACGUCCGACUCUCUCUCCUCGCGUAUCGACUCCCUCUUUCAGUUCUAGCCAUCUGUACAUUUGCCGUGCUAUAUGCACGCUCAAGAGUCCUUGCUCGCCGGUCUGAUAUGGCACGGGUCCCCGAACUAGUAGCUACCACGCUCGAUCGCCUUGCGACCCAAGCCGCUUUGCAUGCUCGUGGCGAGGCCCGUGAACCUUAUAUUCCAAUUGGACAACUGCGCGACGACGUCCUUCGAUCUGAAUUGCGUGGCAGCCGGCGUGAAGAGCUAUGGCGACGGGUUCGCAGCGUUGUUGAAGGGAAUGCCAACAUUCGAGCAGCCGUGCGAGAGGGUCGUGGUGGUGAUGUUGCUCGCGUAUGGGAAUGGAUUGGGGGCAUCGGCAGUGUUCGUGGAGACAUUGAAGGAUCUGCGACCCGGCCGCACGACAGUGGCAACCUGCAUUUGUCGGGCUCAUCUCACGACCAAAGCCGUCAGCCGAUAGAUAACCACGCCCAUCCGCCGGACUCCGCACAGCCUCGUCGAUGGGACGAAGGCAGGCCUAUCUACUGA